AUGCCCUCAAGUAAUACCGAUGACAAGACACCUUUAUUCCGAGAAAACGAGCUCCAGUUCCUAAAGACAUUCGUGAAUGAAGACCAUAAUUUGCUGGCUCCCGUACUACUAGUACAUGGGAACAAAUCCGUAGGCAAGACGUUCCUAGUGAAGUUCUUUUUGGAUACUAUUGCAACAAAUAAAACCAUAAUUCGAUGUGAUGAGUGUGUGACGAAGAAGCUUUUGCUUCAACGGUGCUUGAAGAACAUACGGCUUGAUAGUGGCGUUGAUCUUCAAAAUUAUAAGCAACAAUAUCAAAAUAAAGGACGAGAAGAAGCUCGUUUUGGAGCUUUAUGUGACACUUUUGCGGGCUUUUUGGACAUAUUGGAGCAGUUCUUCACAGAGACAAACUAUGCCCAUCGACAUGUGCUCGUACUCGAUCGAUUUGAUCAAUGCAUGGAAAAAUCAGACGAAUUAUUCACUUCUUUUCUGCGAAUGGUGGAGCGUCGAGCACUCCAAAACUUGACCGUGAUAAUAAUAACUUCCGGUGCCGUACCCAAUGAAAUCGCUACGUUGACAGUUCCAGUUAUUUAUUUCAAACCGUAUUCAGAAAGCCAGGUGGUACAAAUAUUGCAGCUGCAUCAGUUGUGUCACUUUCAAGGCAUGGAGGAAACUGGCACUUUUUGGGCUCAGUACUGUAAGAUUGUAGUUGAUCUAUACUACAGCUACACGGGUUGCAACUUGAGCUUGCUUAUGGACAUUUGUGUCAAACUUUGGGACAACUUUACCUUGCCUAUUCGAGAAGGUCGAUAUACCCCACAAGAUUUCUUUCAGGUUUAUCGAGAUCGCAGACAUUUGUUCACAGAUGAUUAUGUCGUAGACGUUCCUCUUGAGAAUGACGACGAUGAAAGCGAGUCGCUGCUUGCUAACAUUUCAGACCUUCCAUAUCACUCAAAAUUCAUCUUGAUAGCAUCAUACUUGGCAUCGUUCGUUGAUCCCCGAAGCGAUAUCAAUUCCUUCUCCAAACUCAAAUCUCGUCGAGUAAAGAAAGCGAAAACUAGUCUUGGUCAGCUCAGAAAGGGUAUGCAAUCCAAGGAGGAUAUAGACUCGAGGCUCCUUAAUGCCGCAUUUUUUGACCUUGAAAGACUAUUGGCAAUAUUGAGAGUAAUCUACAGAAACGAGUCGGACUCAAUUAAUAUACCCACCAUUGAUUUGGCUAAUUUAUACGAAGAUGAGCUUGAAAGAAUAAUGAAGGAACGAGAAAAAGAGCAGGACCUGUUUUCUCUCAAUUCCAACGUCGAGUUGAAUAGCCAGAUAGCUACGUUGGUGUCUUUAGGGCUUCUUGGAAGAACAUCUUCUGCCGAUAUUUUGAGUUCAAAAGCUAGGUGGAAGUGUAAUAUUUCAUGGACCAUAGUAUCCAGUUUGGCGGACGAUGUGAACUUUCCCAUUCAAAACUAUUUAGUAGAAUAA